AUGGCCACUCCUCCGCCCUCCUCUGAGCGCCAGGGCUACCAUCCAGACUGCGAGGCCGCCAUCAACCAGCAGAUCGGCCUGGAGCUCUACGCGGCCUCCGUGUACACCUCCAUCGCCGGCUACUUCCAGAGCCGGGCCUGGCAGCAGGGCUCCCAGUACUUCCAGAAGCGGGCCCUCAAGAAGAGGGAGCAGGCGGAGAGGCUGGUGUGGCUGCAGAGCCAGCGCGGGGGCCGGGUCCUGCUGGAGGUGGUCCCCCGGCCGCAGCACGAGUGGGACAGCAGCCUGAUGGCCCUGGAGCAGGCCCUGCUCAUGGCGAAGAGAGUGGACCAGGGCCUGUGGCACCUGCACCGCCUGGCCACCCACCGGGAGGACGCCCACCUGUGCGAGUUCCUGGAGAGCCACUGCCUGCACCCACAGGCCGCCUUCCUCCAGGAGCUGGGCGGCCACAUCAGCCAGCUGCGCCAGAUGCAGCCCCCCGAGUCCGGCCUGGAGGAGGACCUGCUCCACAAGCUCACCCUGGGCGACGGAGAGGAGCACUGA